UAACUUUACUCUGAAUACAGUUUCGUUGUUGUUACUUUUUAAUACCCGAGAAAACAAACAUCAGGUUACAUUUUCCCCUCCAUUCCGGUGUUCAAGCUGCACGCGAAUGAUUUCUUUCCCGAUAUAUCCGCCAUCAUCAUCAUCACCGACAACUCUCUCGCGCAGCAACGGGCAACUGUAGCGCAACCCGGCGCGAGGCGUCCCCGCGUUUUGAUUGGUCGACAUCCUUGUUGGCGGCGCAGGCGGCGCGGGGCGCUGCAAGUAGCGUUCACUGCAAAUGUUCACAUUCCCGUCGGAAACCCGCACUCAACCACGCGCCCAGCGCGCGCACGCUCUCACACGCACGCACACACAACCAGGGACACGCCGGCGCAUGCGCCGUUGCAGGCCAAGGCAACAAGCUCGGGGAGUGGAGGAACAGAACAAAACAAGUUGCGAGAACGAUACCAGUCGCCGAGAGAACGAAAGUUGCUGGUAAAACUGUUUUUUAAUUUCUGAAAAAAAAAAAAAAUAAUAACAGCAUCUAAGUGGAAGAGGAGCAAGGAUCGCAGAAUGUGAGUACCCGACACGUGGUGAAGAUUGUGUUUGUGUUUUGACCAAAACUACCCGCUUAAUUCCCGCUACAAGGAAAGGGGUGCGAUGACACCUACCCCACGUACCCGCUUGUUGGAUCUACACCGGUGUGACAUCGAACCCUCGGCCGACAAGGGGAGGAGAGACUUGAUGGCGGUGCUGUCCCCCUGGCUACAGUGACUACUGUCUCCCCUUGCUACAGUGACUACUGUCUCCCUUUGCUACAGUGAGUACUGUCCCUUUGCUACAGUGACAUCGAUUGAGGUCUUGAGGAGCCCAAUCAUCUUCAAUUUCAUCGGACGAAGUAUGAGAUGUGGUUUGUGUCAGUCGUGCUAUCAUCUUAACUUCCUUUUCUCCAUCCUCCGCCGCAACUUUGAUGACGUCAGGUGGCGAACCCUCCCAAUCCGAGAAGGAAAAUUUUAUUUCUCUCGUCUGUGACAUUUGAUGUUGAAGUUUGGGAGAUAAAAUUUUGUUUUGCUUUGACUUCGGGGGUUAAUGCUCGUUCCGGUAAAACAAAAUUCAACGAAUUAACGGAUACAAACUGCGUGCAUCGUUCAUCAACAGGUGUUACCGGAGUUUGCUGGAGUUAGAAAGUCUCUCCCAUCGCCACCAACUCCACUGCGGACAACUGGAUUCACCUUUGCGUGAAUUGAUUACACGGUGGCUGGAGGUUCGCAGGCUGUGGGUUCAAAGCCUGAUGAGAUUUGCAGGGCGUGAGACCGUCAAAGCUUUUUGAUCCCUGUCAAAGGUUCAUCCCCUCCAUACUGUCAAACGUUCAUCGUCCUGAUCCUCCCACCAAAGGUUCAUCACCUUUCGUCACACUCUCACCUGGGACAUGAGCGAGUGGUGGCGCUGUCAGCGGUGCUAGGAGGAGCAGGCUUUCCGGUGCAUGGAGGUCAGCGGUUGCUCGUAAGAGUGCGCGACUGUCUUACCUGUGAGGAAGACCGGGAGGAGAAGGAAGCGAGCGAGCGCGCGCCAUGCACGUGCGGGUGGACAGAGGGGGGCGGACGAGCAGCGGGUGGAGAGUGUGGAUACAUGUCCUCCUGACGACCGCCAUCCUGGAGGCGUUCCCAGGUGAAGGCAGGACCUUGACGGACACUCCUAUCGAGACACAGGCCAUCAACGUGACGGUGAUUGAGGGCAAGACGGCCAUCUUGCCAUGCUCCUUCCCCUUCCUUGGCCAACAGAAGUUCAAGGUGGUGUGGGCCGACCAGUGGUCGACGAUCCUGACCCUGCAGGAGGCGCGAGUCAUCGACGAUGAGCGGAUCCACGUGGAGCGUACGUUUGGCAACGAGUGGAACCUGCACAUAGAGCGAGUGAAGUACGGGGACCAGGGCAUCUACACCUGCCACGCCAACACCCAGCCCUCCUACUCCUACACCAUCCACCUCACGGUCGUCGUGCCACCGAGGUUCACGACGGACGAGGCAGUGGGCGACCUCAUCGUGCGGGAGGGCAGCAAAGCUGAGCUGGUGUGUAACGCCAGUGGUAUCCCCUCCCCGACUAUCACGUGGUCUCGGAAGCCGCAGACGGUUGGCCAGCGGACAGAGAGUGAGUUCUGCAAGGAAUCAUCUAGGAUUGGCGAGGCUGGACAGGUGCUGGUGAUUCACAACGUCACGCGGUACUGCGGCGGCACCUACGAGUGCGUGGCGGAGAAUGGCGUGCCCCCGAGUGUGCGCAGAGAGGUCAACGUCAGAGUGCAGUUUGAGCCGGAGAUUAAUCUUCCCAAUCAGAGGAUGGGUCAGUUUGUGGGUAAGGACACGGUGCUGGAGUGUGUGGUCAGCGCCUACCCGCAGGCCGUCACCAUGUGGAAGUUCCGCGGCCAGCCAAUCACCAACAGCGACAAAUACGGGGUAACCCUGUAUCAGGAGCCCUCCACCACCAUCGUGACGCUGUCGCUGUUCAUCAGAAACCUGGAACAAUCUGACUUUGGCAAGUACAGCUGCAUCGCCUCCAACUCCCUGGGAGAGACCAGCAAGAAGAUGACCCUCUAUGAGUACUACGAGCGCACCAAGCCGACGUCGACCACUACCACCACUGUGGCUACUACCACGCCGGCGAGCACGACCACCACAGAGGCGCAGGCGCAACGAGAAAGCAUGAGACGGACGCACGUGCCGCUCGCUGACCGCCGCGUGGAUGAACUGGAAGGCCGAGAAGGCCAAGGGUCAAAAGACUCGUCUUCAAAGACAUGGGGCGUUACAGGAUCCUGUCCACAUAACGUACCGUCGUCGUUCGUGCAACUCUUGUUGCUAACUGCAACCCUGUGCUUACUCUUCACCGAGUUGUGAAACUGCUUACAUCUUUUAGCCAAUGGAAAAGAAGUUCAGUGAAAUGCCUCUAGCCAAUCAGAACGGUCGUUGCAGUGUCGAUCUUUCUUUCUGAAGCCUGCUUGUACAACGGUAUAUUUUAAAAAAAAAAAAAUGGUGGCCCUGGAGGUAACCAGAAGAGCUUGCAACACUGCUCACAACGAUGUGUUCGAUAAACUGCACUGGCAGAUUUUUUUUUGUGUUUGUCAUCUUGCAAACAUUCCAGCUAUCGUCGUUCGAAUGAGCUUGCGACCAACUUUGUCUGAUUCUAGAACAAACUAAUCUUGUACAGUCGUGCGUCUGCAGUUGUCGUCUCAUUAUCACCAUUCUAAUAAACUUCAGUGUCUCAAAGAAAAAAAAAAGGUCAAAGGUUAAGAGAACCUUGCAGAAAAGGAAGUGAUCACCUACUAAUGGAGAAGCGCUGAACAGGACAGUAUGGUAGAGAUCAUUAACACUCGGCUGGACUUGACAACAAGGACAUGCCCUCAGACUACCGCGACAACAACUGUCUUCGUCGAUUCUUUUCCUGAAAUUGUUCGCAGGGAAGGUCAUCAGUGGAGUGCGGGAGGUCGGGGGAAGGUACGGGACGGGGGUGGGGAUGAAGAGGAGUUGUACAGCCGCUAACAUUUGCUAGGAAAAAUUAAUUAACAAGCUCAGCAAAUUUAUCUUUGCUUCAAAAACUAGGUCCUGUUUCACCAAAGGUCUGUCCCACAUCGUUGAGAAAUAUUCUAUUUUCCCUCAGCGGCUGUCAUGACGCACAGAGGCAAUAACAAUUGUUUUCAGUAGUUCAUGUUGACAAGCAAGCAGUUCUCACAUUGUCUGUUCCGGUAUGCAAGGUUUUCAAUCUUAGUCGGAAAAAUAUCGUCAAACCUUUGACCAAAGUUGCGAGAGUAAAGGUCGCAAAAAAGCUAACAGUUUUGGGUAGAAAUAUCGAAACAUGGAAACUUUGGUCAAUAUAAUGAGCUAAACGCCAGCUUCUUUGCCAAUUUAUUGCUAAAAUAUUUGCCAGUACAACAGGACUUUGAAGUACUUAGGUGGUUUGAUGCUUGAGCACUUUUUAAUGAACAGCUUAACAUGUAUAGACUUAUCUAGAGCAGGUCAACAUGUAUGGACUAACUUUGAGCAGGUAAACAUCUAUGGACUAACCCAGAGCAGGUCAACAUGUAUGGACUAACUUUGAACAGGUUACCGGAUUAACAAUGUUAUUUUCACAGAUUUGUACAGUAGGAACAGACUGAACGCAAAAGCCAAAAUUUUGCUAUCUUGUAUUUACUGUAACUGGUGUCGCUGUUCAAAAUCCAGCUUGAGUGACUGGCAAUGCAAUAUCGUGACCACGCUACACUCCUCCCAUCGUUCUAUCCAUCUCCAGGAAGAAAUGAAGGGGGAAGAAGGAUGGAUGGACGUUAGUCCCUGUAUGAAGCUGACAGUAGCUUCAGACAGUAUGCUUGGAGUCAGAGUUGUGAUUCCGGAUCAAGUAUUGUGACCAAACUCUCACAAAACAAUUGAAUCAGUGAACUACAAUGGAACGUUCAUGACAACCAUUCAGCUGAUCAUUGGUGUGGUAUUUUCAGUUCCAUUUCCAAGCUUUGCUUUGCUUUUGUGUGUCUGUGUCUGUGUCUGUGUGUGUGUGUGUGUGGUCGCUUGCAGUCCUGUAUUUUAUGCGUAAGUAUUUCUAAACAGAGUUGUUCUGGAAACUCGUCGAGACAAAGUGACUCAGAGAAAAGUUCCUCGCAAAGCGUUCAGCGGAGAAGCGUUUCAUCAGAAUCUUCAGCUUUCCCUGUGUUCAGUAACGCGGCCCUGUGCCUAGCUACUGGCUGGCUUUCUGGGAGGCUAACGAACAGCCGUAUAAACGUGUGAAAAAGUGUUGUUUUGUUUGACUUUGUUCCCACCGAAUCUUCAAACCCCUGCCCACCACUGCAACCUGCAACGCAUGUACAAAAGGACGAAGAGUCAACUGAAAAUAAUUUACAAUUUAACAUUUUCUGAUCCUUUGUGCAAACAGCGCCGUCUCUGUGUUUGAUGUGAAGAGGUUGAAGUUACUGUGUACAUUUUUAAUGACAAAUAAUUUUGGAAAUAUCUAUUAUGAUUAUGUGAUUCUUUCGUGAAGCUGCAUAUUUAACAACAGUACCCCAGCUGAAGUGAACGUUGUCAUCGAAGAUGUGUGGGAGGGGUACCCCGGGAGAGAGGUGCGAGAAGACUCUGCCAAAGUUGCAGUCUCUGCUUUCUUUUUAAUAUUUUUCCUUGCUAUCGUUAAUGUCAGUUUGACAGACGUUAAUUUAAAAAAAGUUGUUUGUUUUCUGGUGACAGCAAAGAAACGAAAGAAGGGCCGCCAUAGGAGGCAUCCCAGUCGGCUUCUGCCUGACCAACGACCGAAAAUUCUUUGUGAAACGCCAAUGUUGUUUUGUUGAUUGUUUACACCACCACCACCCUCCCUCCCCAACACUCUCGGCGUAAGAACAAUUUUGAAAGUAAACUUUUGAAGUUGUAUGAGAUUGUUAUGAGUAAACUUGGCUUCUUAUGGCUGUAGGUUUACAGUCGUGUGUGUAAGCCUCUGUUGAAUUGUGUACAUCCAUUUUUAAUGUUUUAGUCCUUUUCUCCUUUUUUCUCUUUUUUAUUUAAUUUGUUUAGUCUGUUCUGCUCUGAUUGAGAGGGCUUUUAUACCUGUGAACAGUCCACAGUUUUGUUAUUUGUUUGGUUGGUUGUUUUGUUUUUUCUUUUUCUUUUUUUUUUCUUUUGUUUGUUUGGUUGUUUUGUUUUGUUUUUUGUUUUUUUGGGGUUUUUUUUAAUAAUUUAUUUUAUUUAUUUAAUUUUUUUUUUUUUGUGCGUGCGGGCGGGCGUGAAUGAUUGAGUUCACAAAAUGGAUGAAGUCUAUUUGUGCAUCAGCGUUUGGUGAAUGUUUUCCACUUGUGAUUUCGUGCGCGUGUGAGCGUGGCAUGCAUACGAAGAGCUGUGUGUUUGUGUGUGCGCGCACGUGAUGGAUUGACUUGGCAUGCAGCAUGCAAUACACAGAUCUGUGCAUGCGUGGAUCAUAGCAAGCAACAAAACCCCCACUCUAUCGUAAACUCAUUGUUGUAUCGGUCAAAACAGUUUUUUUCCAGUUAAACAUUUGUCGUUUUAAGUAAGGCGUUCGUACAACAUAGAUGUACCAUAAACUGGUAUAAUUUCUUUGGCACGUUCUGCAACGGCCUUUUGGCGACCCAGGAAGGAAUAGUGAUCGAAAAAUCACCACAAUUAGGGUAUUCCACUUCGUGCUUUAUGUAUAGUUAUUUCGUGUUUUAAUGUCCUUUCCUACCAGUUUAGUUACAUUCAGUUUUCGCAAGUUAAAAAAUAAACUGACGAAUGUUUGUCAAACCCUUUUCCCAACCCACCAACCCAUCAACUAUAGGCACUGGGUCUUUGACGAUGAUGGUCUGCACGCAGACAAGUGGGCGAUAUGAGAAAAGUCGAUCUAAGGCAGGCAUGUCAAACUGAGGGCCCGAGGGCCGCAUGGGUCACAUUUGGGUUGUCAUGAGGGCCGCACAGUGUCCUUUAUGCGGGCCACAGGUGAGCUUGCAAAAGGUCACAUGUUUGACAUGCCUGAUCUAAGGGACACAAUUCAAGAAACUAUUUUUCUUUUUUUAUAGAUAUAUAUACCAUCAUGACAUCUGGGAAUGCAGGUUUUCCUUCGUUUGUGUUUUCCAUUGUAGAAUUGUCGAUCCAUCACACGCGGAUUGUGUAAUUGUACGACAUAUAAUGGGAAAAAAAUGUUCAGCUAGAAAUUGUUCUUUUCCGUGGGUUUUUUUUUUUUUUUUUUAAGAAACAAAGGCACUUGAGGUAGAAGCAUGCUUACAUCAGUAUAUAUUUGCUUGACAAGUGGGUGUACGACAAUGAGAGUUAACUUUUGCUCCAGGACCUUACAUUUGUAAAUAUUUCGCUUUCGGUAAAGAACUCGUACUGCAAUAGUCAAGAAAACAUGCACUAUAUACAGAACUGAAACUAAUGGAUAGAUUCUGCUGGGUGAUUAGCCGUAUGUCUUUCUUUUUUUUUUUUUAAUUAACUGAUUAACCGUCAAAGCUGCAUGCUUUAUGCUUUCGGUACAACUUUAGAAAGGUCCAUGAUCCCAGCAGUCUAUCCAACAGUUUUAGAUAGAAGUUAUUAUACAUGAAUACAUCACACAAACUUUUUUUACCAGUUACUCUGUGGUCACCUAACCCUUUAAAACUUUCUCACAUACACACACAAAAGGUUUUAAUCACUAAAUGAUGCAGUCCUGGUUUUGCAAAAACCAGACCUACUUACACUGGUAAGUCUGACAUACUCAUAUACUGUCAUAAAAAGGAAUGUUUCUCACGGAAAUAAUACUGUAUAUCAAGAAAAGUGACAAUAUUUAUAAUGUGCUCAACACUCACCUCGUUUCCUUCUUCAAAUGCUUCAGUUACAGCGGGUUGUGAAGACAUUUCCUUUGACUUAAAAAAAAUGUGAUAACAAUUAAUAUGUUGAAACCUCAGCUGACAUGUAACCCUUGCCGUCAAAGCAUUGAAAUGCAGUCAGAUAUCUCUGAAUGUAUACUAUGUCAGCAUUUAGUUUAUAAUCUAAUAUUUUGAUGGCAGGCUGCAGAUUUUCAUUGCUCUUAUAUAACGAAUUUUUACUUCCUUUUUUCAUAUACUUGCUGCUAAAUAACACAGUCCUGUGCUUUAUAGCACCUAAAUAUCAAUCCAUGAACAUCUAUAAAUACAUAACUGUACCAUAAAAUCAACCACUAAGUAAAAUGAAAGUUUUAACAAAUAACUUCUUGAUAUUAUUCUCACAGUAAGAAAGCAAGGGACUGAGUAUACAGUCACACCAAGGGCCAUAAUCAUGAAACAGUGGUACAGCCAGGUUUGCUUUACCUCCCUUCAAUACUGACAGCCCUUAGGAAGAAUUCAGUAACCAUAAGCGUGGACCAGAUGCGAAACAGAUAUCUCUAGAUUUUCAACCACUCCAAGUACUGCACUUGUUUCUAAUUAGAGUUUCCAGUCCAUAGCUAACCCUGAGGUGAUGUUACAGUCAAGGUGGACUUAAUAGACAUAUUCAAUGAUAAAAACGACCUCAUUUUCAUUUUACACAAGUGUUCUUUAUGCUGAUGCACAUGGAUUACGCACACAAAAAGUUUAAGAUAUCACCUAAAUGCACAUUUGCUACAUAGGUGUGUGCACAUCCUCACAAAGCACUGUGAUUUUGGGGAUCUAGUUUCUUAUAGCAGUGCUAGAGUUUCGAAAAAAAGGCAGGUUGGGCUCAUGUUCAAUCUAAAUAACAUUUGACUGUACUUGUUGUAAAUGAAUCUUCCUUCGCUGGAUAUUUGUCAAUCAAGCUAGUCAUUUCCAUGAAUAACAGUACAUCUUGUACACAAUGAACUUUGUACAAAUGUAAAAGUGAAUGAAACCUAUAGGGUAAAUUUAAACUUCUGAUGAGCGUGACCUCUGCCUUUUGUCAUUUCCCUUUAGACAUGGUGUUGUUGGGUCUCAUGUAUUACUUUGCAAAAAUCAGUGAUUUGUUUUAAAGUGUACAUACUUUGUGCUGGGGGUGUCUGAAGGUCUGCAUGAUACAUUGCUUGCUUUCCCUUACUCAUGAAUGGUAUGAGGAAGCAAUGUAUAAGCAGAAUUGUUGUCUACAAGACUGCUAUGCAGGUAGAACCUUUUUUUUUUUUUUUUGUUGGUUGUUUGUUGGCUAAUCAAAAAAGGUCCUGUACUUCUUUUUCAAAAAGGGACAAAGAUCUUUAAAUUUCAUCUGGAUAUAACUCAAUAAUUAUAUAACAUGAGAGUUGAUACGAAUGUACAGAUGCUUUCAUCACUAAUUUUCAAACAAAAGCUUGCGGAUUUUUUUUCCAGAACAUUGCACAAGUUGAAAUGGCUUACUGUAACUGAAGAGUUUCAGUGUAACGAAUAUGCUAAGUUUCAUCAUUGACUCCUAAAUAUUGCUGUUCUUGUUCUGUGUGACUACAACCUCUACCCAUCAACAGUCACAUUUCAUUAUUUGUCCUCCAUGUUUUUAUAAACUUUCAUCGUUGAAUAUAAGCUGUAAUGCAUGACCAUGUAUCAGUGUUCCUGUACUGUUUCAUUUAAGAUAAUACACAAACUUUAAAAGAAAAGAAUAACCAAACUUGCAAACAUUUUAAUGCAUGAAACAAGCAAGCCUUUAUCUAAUGUUCCAAAAAGGCAUGACAUUUUAAUUUUUCAACAGCAGAAUAAUAAUACUAGAGUUGGCUUAAAUAACUUCACAUUUAAAAUAAAUUUACAUUUAAUUCAAAGCUAAAUUAUUAUUUUGAACUUCAAUUAAAAGAUGUUUACAUAAGAUUACCCACAAUUUAGAAAUAUGAACAAUACUUUAUUUUCAACCCACAUUGCACUAUGUUCAUAAACAUAUACUAAUCAUGAUAUGUGAGCAUGUGGGAUCAUAGUAGUGUUGUGAAACUAUGCAUGGAUAUCACACAAUAAACUGCAUUUGGGUUAUCAGACUCUCAUACAGUAAAGAUGAACCCAUAGAACAAAAACUCAGUUGUGAUUACAUUGUUACUCAUACCUGCUUUUUCAAAAAUUAAUUCUAAACCUCACUCAAAUAUUCAAAGUCUUUCUCGUUUACAUAACUGGAGUGCAUCCAGUAGACUAAUGCCAUGGUAAAGGCUGAAAACAUCAAUGCCAUCAGUUUUUUUGGCUUGUUCCACACAUUCAACAUUUCAUUCCUGGGGUGGGAGGGGGUAAGACAUUGCUGAAACUUUUCCCUUUAUAACAGACUAAAUACAUAAAAGUAGUGGAUGGAGGGAUCAUAAGAGACCUAAACUGUGACUGAAAUUGCAGGUAAAAGAGUAUCCAGUCCAUCACUUUUAUUUUGUGAACUACAUAGCUAACUUUUCAUCACUUUGACAAAACCAAGCCAAAAUUUAGACCUUUAAUUCGAUUUCUGAUAAAUGCUACAAUGACAUACCAUGUCCAUCAAUCUAACACUUAAAAAACAUGUACAUCUGAAAACUUGAAAGAUAUGAUUGCUGACAGGUGUAUAUUUUUGGGCCCACUUCUGGGCUGCAAAUACAUGGUGUGAGCUGACAGUUGACUGUCAGUCUUGACUAAAAUGAUCUCUAUGAAAUUUUACACUUUCCAAUUUGUAACCUAAGUUUGCUUUAGAUCGUGUACAGUUCUUUAAAAGACUUGCUUUGUAAAAACUAUGUUUAAAGCUAGUUUACAAGUAAGGUCAUGAGCUUUAAAUUUCUUUCAUGUAUUUAUUUUUUUUUUAUAUUUAGGAGAUGCAAAGUUGUCACGAAAACUUUGCAAGCCUGUGAGUGAUAGAAAAGAACUGACACCUGAGCAGGGUCAUGUGCACUAUGUUAGAAAGUGGUCCAUUUCAUUCAAAUAAAAGAAAAACCAACCUAAAAUGCAUUUACAGGUGUUUUAUUUAGUGAUGCGGUUGUAAAUUUUUUGUCGCCUCAAAAUGUGCCUGCGUGUGGCAUAUUCAUGCAUGUGUGUUUGCAUGCUUCUGUUCAUAUUUACACCUUUACAGCUUCAUUGCAUCUACUUGCAAUGUUUGAUUUCCAUGCUGCAAAACUCACUCACAAUUUAUUUUACUAUUGAUAGCUGGCUACUCUAUGACAGUCUCUGUUUGGUCUUUGUGUUGAUGUUAUUCUUAAGCAAUAUGUCACAUCCUAGCAUUCAACAAGUUUUAGUUUAUCUUUUACAUCAUGCUAGAAGUAGAGGGAAAAGUUUUUAAAAUACGACUUGUAAAGAGACCUUGUUGAUGUUUUGAAAUUUAUCCAUAAUAUUAUUUAUGAAGUUUUAAAAAGACAUCUAUAUUAUUCACACAACAUGAAACAAAAAAAGCACGGAGAGCAAUGAUACAUUAAGUUUAAUAACCCAAGAAAUGCUCCCCUUGACUGUAUUUGAUUUAGCUCCACAUUUAAAUAAUUUUUUCAUGCAAAGUGCAACAACUAAGAAACAGAUUUUUAAGAAUUGAAAUAACUAAACAUCAAAUCUUACAGCCAACAACUGAAUCUUGCAUUUCAGUUCAUUUUAUUUAAAAACAAAAAACAAACUGAGAAGCUGGUGGGACUAUCGACAAGCUCUGGGAGUUAUCUCUCCAGGCUGUACUUUAGCUGAAAACUUUUACCUUUCGCUUUUACCUGAAGAUGCACAACACAACAGGUUGUUUACAUUGCCCAGGCUGUAGUCUGUUUGCAGUGUUCGACUAAUCAGGGAAUCCCUACCUCGAGGUUGUGGAACCGCAGUUCUCACGGGGUGAGUCUGGCUUCCCGAAACUCAUGAGAUUAAAAAAAAUAUCGCUCAGCUCACGCAGGACUUUAUCAUUUAAAAAAGCAUCUUGAAGAUUGACUGUGCCAAAAAAAAAAA